AUAGAUGCUUCAAGUAUUUUUGCCUGAUAGGAUACGCUCCAGACGUGGACACAUAGCUGCUCCAUUUUCUUGUGCUGGCUUAUUUGGUUUAAUAAUAUGGUACCAUAUUUGCGGUACAAAAUACGCUGUACGUGGCUUUAUGAAGUUAUGAUUGAGGAAUUGCGUUAUUUAAACUCCGAAGAUAAGAUUAAAAUGACUAUCGUUUAUCCCUAUAUGAAUGGUACUUUUUCUUGGAUGGAGUUGAUUAACCCCCGGGAAACAGCUGCUUUCGUUAUUAAAGCUCAACGUACUGGCCCCGAAGAGCUUAGCGUACCUCGACACUAUUUCGUAAUAGAAAAAAUAAUUAAUUUUUUCCCACGUAAAGUUGUGCCCCGUGACUUUUUAGAUAUUGGCGUAGUCUCUGAUUUAUAGAUAUUUCGAACAUAGCUCUUAUAAUAUUUUUUAUGUUUUAUUUAUAAUUUUAUAUCUUUUAGGCUUUGUACAUGAAUGCAAUUAGCUGAAAGUGUCUUAUAACAUUUUACACAUAGAUAUAAUUAUAUAUAGAAUUUCUCCAUAUUGUUGAUUCAUAUAAAGGGAUAUUGUGACCACAUUUGUAUAAUGUCUUUGCUUUAUUUUCUUCUGUUUUCAACAAAAAAUUUUAUUAAAUUGAUCUAAACUUACAUACGUAUAUAAACGAUAGCUUAUCGCCUAUAUUAACUAUGUCAAAAUUUAUAAUGCAGUUGAAACUGCAAAUAAGAUGAAAAUGGUUUUAUUGUUUAUAUACAAUAGUCUUCGCUCAACUUUUGUUUAUUUAAUAAUUUUUAAAUUAAUUUUUAAACAUCUUUGGAAUGCAUUGUACUGAGGGGUGGGGGGCUGAGAUUUACAUGCAUGCAGUUAUAUUUUGAACGCAAUACUUUUGUUAAUAAUUUUAUUUAAAAGUAAAAAAAAAAAAAAAAAAAAAAAAAAAAAAAAAAAAAAAAAAAAAAAUCCUACUUAACUGGCCAUAUCGAUUAUUACAAUAAAAGCAGAAGAAGUACAUAAUCAUAAUUCUUAAAUUAAUAAAGAAGAUAAAUAAGAGAAAAAUAUCGUUUACAUAUAAUUCGAAAAACAUCACAUUCAAUAGUUAAGAUUUGCUUGUAAUCUUUCAGUUGCUUUUAAGUGUUGUAUAUUUCCUCUUAAAAAAUGAAGAAA